UCAAUCUCCUCUCCCUCUCUCCUUCUGCUUUGCUGAUUGCCAAUGAGGCUUGACCUAACCCUAACUCCAAACUCCUUCACCCCUUCUCUCCCCUAAAAAAGGUAAGUGAAAAAGGUUCCCCUCGCAACCCAAAACAAAGUACUAGCUAGCUACCAGCAGUAGAUACUUCUUUGUUUGUAGUAACAAACACCUAGCUACCAUAUUCCCAACCUUAAAACAUUAUUUUCCCCAAACUCUUUCAUCUCACUCUCUCUCUCUCUCGCUAACUUCCUCAUCUCCCUCUUACCUGAAUUUUAUGCGUGGUUAUCACAUGAAAUUUUGAAGAUCUGAAAGAUGGUUGAUUCAGCUCAAACUUCGGUAAGCGAUGCUCCCACGCCCACACCCAUGCCCACGCCCGUCCAACUCUUUUCAGGUGAAGGUUAGUAGCAGCAUACUAGCAUAGCAUCAUCUCAAUUCAUUCAGGCCCUCUUCCCCCUCCCUCUUCAAGAAACUUAAAGAGAGAGAGAGAGAGAGAGAGAGAUAGAGUCCCAAAAAAGUAAGCUUAGCAAAUAUUUGCAGAAAUUGCACCUUCCAGUUCCAAAUCCUCAGCACCCCUUAAUUAGCAUCGAAACAACAGUUCCUGCAAGAAAUGGAUCAGCUCACAGCUCACGGCCGACCUCUUCCGCCACCUUUUCAUACCAGGGAUCUUCAGCUCCAGCACCAUCCUCAUCAGUUCCAACAACAUCACCAUCAGCACCACAAGGCUGAGGACGAAAACAGCGGUAGUAGCACCCCAAACCGGGGUAGCCAGAAAAGAGAUCGAGACGAGAGUUUCAUGAUUCCUACUUGCAGUUCCAUAUCAUCCAUGAACGCCACCUCCGGCUCCCACCAUGGAACUGGAGGAAGUGAUCAAGGGAACAAAGAACUCGUCCCAGCUGGAAACGGCGGCGGAGGAGACAAUAAUCAUGACGAAGUCAGAAGAAGACCAAGAGGAAGGCCGGCCGGUUCCAAGAACAAGGCUAAACCCCCUAUCAUCAUCACUCGUGAUAGUGCAAAUGCCCUCAGAUCCCAUGUUAUGGAAAUUGCCAGUGGCUGCGACAUCCAAGAGAGUGUAUCAAAUUUUGCGACCAGAAGGCAAAGAGGGGUUUGCAUUUUGAGUGGGAACGGAACCGUUAAUAAUGUUACACUCAGGCAGCCAGCUGCACCGGGCGCAGUCGUGACUUUACACGGAAGAUUCGAAAUCCUAUCGCUUUCGGGUUCAUUCUUACCCCCUCCAGCACCAGCUGCGGCUUCUGGGUUGACUAUAUAUUUAGCCGGUGGUCAGGGGCAAGUAGUUGGUGGAAGUGUAGUUGGGCCGCUACUCGCGGCUGGUCCGGUUGUGAUCAUGGCUGCAUCAUUUGGUAACGCUGCAUAUGAAAGACUACCAUUAGAGGAUGAUGAAACGGCGGCUGUUCCUCCCCCGGGUAGUGGACCUUUGGGAUCGCCUGGGGCCGGAAUUGUUGGACAACAGCAGCCGCAACAGUCACAACAGCUUCUACCUGAUCCUAGUUCAUCCCUUUUUCAUGGGAUGCCUCCAAAUCUCCUAAAUUCGUGUCAAUUACCAGCUGAGGCCGCUUACUGGGGAACUGGUCGUCCUCCGUUUUGACAUAUCGGGAAUUCUGUGGUUUAAUAUCUUGAUCACAUGAUUUGACCAUCAUCCGAUCAUUUUGCAUUCUUCUUCUCCUACUUUUUUUCUCCUACUGGUAGUUGUGUUUAUGGUGUUAAUUAAUUAUCUGAUGAUGAUUAGAUUGCCUUUUUUUUUUCUUUUGGAAGAGGGAUGUACAAAUUCAUGAAUUCUUUGUGGGUUCUUCUCUAUUUUAAUUUCUAGAACAGUUGUUGAA